UUUCCUGGGACUGAUAGAUCAGUUGGGCAAGGACAGGAGGAGAGAGUGCCUUGCCAUGGCAGUGGCAGCAUUGGAGCAGUUCUGCGGCUCUAUUUUCUGGAACUCAUCUUUACUGGAUCGUGAGGAUGCCGACCUGCCACUCUGCUUUGAACAGACUGUUCUUGUCUGGAUCCCACUGGGCUUCCUCUGGCUUUUUGGCCCAUGGCAGCUUCUUCCUAUGUUCACAUGCCAGAAGAAGAAAUUAUCUGUCACAAAAGUUUAUCUUGCUAAGCAAGUGCUGACUGUGCUGCUGUCACUGCUGGCGCUAGCUGAACUGGUUUUCACAGUUGUUGAAAUCUUAGGAUACCACCAUAAUAACCCUGCUGUCCAAUACACGAAUCCCGCACUCUACUUGGUCACUUGGGUGCUCGUUUUCCUGAUCCAUGACAGUCGUCGCGUCACCAUGCGCAGGGACUCGGUGGUUCUCUUCCUGUUUCUCAUCCUUUCUGUCCUAUGUGGCGUGUUUCAACUCCAGACUUUGAUCCGACAAGCAAUUCAGGGCUCCAUCACCAGUGUACCCAAUUUUAGUUUUUUUGUGGCCUCUUAUGGGCUUCAGCUCCUGUUGCUGAUCAUCUCUGUUAUUUCUGACAUUGCUCCUGAAAUGAAGGAGGCUGCAAAAAAGAACCCAGAAAUUGCAGCUUCUAUCCUGAGCUUGAUCACAUUCCACUGGUACAACAGUAUAGUUGUGAAAGGCUAUCGGAAGCCAUUAGAAAUGGAGGAUGUCUGGGAAUUGAAGGAUGCAGAUAAGACCCAGAAAGUUUUUGGCACAUUUGAGAAGCACAUGAAAAUUGGUGUCAAAAAAGCCCAGAGGGCUCUGGAGAUCCGGCAGAGAAAGAGGAAACAGCACCCAGCAGCCACUGACUACAGGAAUGGGCUGAGCAAGACACAGAGUCUGGACGUUUUGGUUCUGGAAGAGAAAGAGAAAAAACAAAAGAAAAAGAGUGCCAAAGGAGACUCCAAAAGUGACUACGCUAAAGGAUGGCUGAUGUUUGCUGUAAUUCGAACCUUUAGUGGAAACCUUCUGCAAUCGGUAGCAUUGAAGCUGAUACAUGACCUACUGGUGUUUGUGAGCCCACAGCUGCUGAAGCUGAUGAUCAAUUUUGUGUCAGAUCCAAAGGACUACCUUUGGCAUGGCUACCUCUAUGCAUUACUGUUGUUUGUAACUGCCCUGGUACAGUCCAUCUGUCUGCAGCAGUACUUCCAGUUAUGCUUUAAAUUGGGCAUGAGUGUGCGCACUGCUCUUAUGGCUGCCAUCUAUAAGAAGGCUCUUACUGUCUCCAAUGCCUACCGGAAGGAAUCUACAGUGGGUGAGACAGUGAAUCUAAUGUCAGCGGAUGCCCAGCGCUUUAUGGACUUUACAAACUUUGUGCACCAGCUGUGGUCUUCUCCAGUGCAGAUUGUGCUGUCGCUUGUGUUUCUGUGGGAGGAGCUGGGUCCCUCUGUUCUUGCGGGGCUUGGGGUCAUGGUGCUGCUUAUCCCCAUCAAUGCAGUGCUGGUCAGCAAAGCCAGGACUAUCCAAGUGAAGAACAUGAACUACAAGGAUGAGCGCAUGAAGAUCAUGAAUGAAAUUCUCAGUGGCAUCAAGAUCCUGAAGCUGUUUGCCUGGGAGCCAUCAUUUCAGAAGCGAGUUGAAAAAAUCCGGGGACAUGAGAUGAAGGGACUUCUUCAUUUUUUCUACCUGCAGUCAGUUGCCAUUUUUGUCUUCACGUGUGCUCCUUUCCUGGUUUCUGUGGUAACCUUUGCUGUGUAUGUGAUGAUCGAUGAGAACAAUGUUUUGGAUGCACAGAAGGCCUUCACUUCUAUCUCUCUCUUCAAUGUCCUGCGCUUCCCCCUUGCCCUGCUGCCAAUGGUGUUGUCUGCUCUGGUGCAGGUCAAUGUGUCUACUAGGCGACUAGAACGUUAUCUGGGCAGUGAAGACCUGAACACUUCAGCCAUAUGGCAUGAAACCAGCCCUGGCCAUGCUGUGUAUUUCUCUGAAGCAUCAUUUGCCUGGGAACAGAAUGCUAAUGCCACUAUUAGAGACAUAACACUGGAAAUUCCACAUGGGCACUUAUUGGCCAUAGUGGGAUCUGUGGGAUCAGGAAAAUCCUCACUGGUGUCAGCUAUGCUGGGUGAGAUGGAGAACAUCAAGGGGCACAUCAACAUUCAGGGUUCAGUGGCAUAUGUACCUCAGCAAGCAUGGAUCCAGAAUGCCACCCUGAAGGACAACAUCCUUUUUGGGUCAUCCCUUGAUGAGGCUCGAUACCAACAGGUCAUAGAAGCGUGUGCCUUACUCCCAGACCUGCAGCUGCUUCCAGGAGGAGACCUCACUGAAAUAGGGGAGAAGGGCAUUAACUUGAGUGGUGGUCAAAAGCAACGUGUCAGCCUGGCUAGAGCUGUAUACAACAAUGCAGACAUCUAUGUGUUGGAUGAUCCUCUCUCGGCUGUGGAUUCCCAUGUUGGCCGGCACAUUUUUGACAAAGUCCUGGGGCCUGAUGGGCUGCUGCGAGAUAAGACACGAAUCCUGGUGACUCACAGCCUAAGCUUCCUGGCCCAAGUGGAUGACAUUGUAAUGCUGGUGGAUGGAGCUGUCUCUGAAAAGGGUUCUUAUAGUACAUUGUUGGCUAAUGGCGGAGAGUUUGCUCAGCUGCUCAACACAUAUGGGAGACAGCAGGAAGACAAGCCUGAAGAGGAAGCCACAGUGGGCAUGAAUGAAGAGCUGGAAUUGGAUGGGGAUCAUGAACCUGGAGCUGAAGAAGUCCCAGCUGAUGUCGUGACCAUGACCCAGAAGAGUGAGGCUAGUGUCCAUCAAAAAAACUUCAGCCGCAGCCUCAGUACCCAGAGUAACAAAUCUCUCAAGAAGACCCUCCAAGAAAAGGUGAAGGAGAAGGAGUCAGUGACAGAGAAAAAGGGGCAAAAGCUAAUUGACAAAGAAGCUGUGGAAACAGGCAAGGUGAAGUUCAUAAUGUAUAUGCGGUACUUGCGUGCAGUUGGUUGUAGCCUCACAACAUGGAUCUUCAUAGCCUAUGUAGCUCAAGCUGCAGCCAAUGUUGGCUCCAGUUUGUGGCUCAGUGAAUGGACAAAUGAUGCUGUAAAAUACCAGAACAUGACUUAUCCAACUGCUGAACGUGACAUGCGUAUUGGAGUCUAUGGGGCACUGGGCACAGGACAGGCUCUUUUCUUGUUGGCUGCAUCAAUCCUUGCUGCCCACGGUGCUGUCCGAGCUUCGCGGGUCCUGCACAAGCAUUUGCUGAAUAACAUCCUUCAUGUACCCAUGAGUUUCUUUGACACAACACCAACUGGCCGCAUCAUAAACAGGUUUGCCAAGGACAUCUUCACUAUUGAUGAGACCAUUCCAAUGUCAUUUCGUUCCUGGCUGAACUGUUGCUUGGGAAUUGUCAGUACCCUUGUGAUCAUCUGCAUUGCUACACCUUAUUUUGCCAUCAUCAUGUUGCCUCUGGGACUCAUCUACUAUUUUGUUCAACAAUUCUAUGUGAGUACCUCCCGCCAGUUGCGGCGCCUGGACUCUGUCACCCGUUCGCCCAUCUAUUCCCAUUUCAGUGAAACAGUAUCAGGUCUCUCUGUCAUCCGGGCCUAUGGGCACCAGGAACGCUUCCUGCAGCACAAUGAGAAGAUUGUGGACAUCAAUCAGAAAUCGGUGUACUCUUGGAUAGUUUCUAACAGGUGGCUGGCUGUGCGGCUCGAAUUUGUGGGGAAUCUGGUGAUUUUCUUUGCGGCAUUAUUGGCAGUCUUUGCCAAAGAUUCUUUGGACAGUGGCAUUGUGGGGCUUUCUAUCUCUUCAGCUCUCAAUGUGACUCAGACAUUGAAUUGGUUGGUACGGAUGACUUCUGAGCUAGAGACCAACAUUGUGGCUGUAGAGAGAGUGCACGAAUAUACAGAGGUGGCAAAUGAGGCAGCCUGGGAGACAUCACAGAGGCCACCCUCAGACUGGCCCAACAAGGGAGAGAUCCGUUUUGUGGACUAUCAGGUGCGGUAUCGGCCUGAGCUGGAGCUAGUUCUUGAUGGGAUCAACUGUGAUAUCAAGGGCACUGAGAAGGUUGGUGUCGUGGGCCGAACAGGAGCUGGGAAAUCCUCACUCACUAAUUGUCUCUUUCGCAUCCUGGAGGCAGCAAGGGGAAAAAUCCUGAUUGAUGGGCUUGAUAUAGCAACCAUUGGCCUUCAUGAUCUGCGCCAGAAACUCACCAUCAUCCCACAGGAUCCUGUUCUGUUUUCGGGGAGCUUGCGCAUGAACCUGGACCCAUUCAACCAGCAUUCAGAUGAAGAAGUCUGGCAUGCUCUGGAGCUGGCACACCUGAAGUCUUUUGUGUGCAGCCUUCCUGAAAGACUGUCCUAUCCAGUGAGCGAAGCAGGAGAGAACCUAAGUGUGGGGCAGAGACAACUGGUUUGUUUGGCACGAGCCCUCCUCCAUAAAUCCAAAAUAUUGAUUCUGGAUGAAGCGACAGCAGCUGUGGAUAUGGAAACUGAUCACUUGAUCCAAGAGACAAUCCGGAGUGAGUUCGCUGACUGCACUGUGAUCACCAUUGCUCAUCGGUUGCACACCAUUAUGGAUAGCAACAGGGUGAUGGUCCUUCAAGCAGGGAAGAUUGUGGAGUUUGACAGCCCUGAGGAGCUGCUUCAACAGCAAGGCACCUUUGAAGGAAUGGCAAGGGAUGCUGGCAUUGUGGGAACAUUUAACACUCCCCUAUAGAGAGCUUGAAGCCAAAGCAGCAACAUGAAGAUUCUCUAUAUUGUAUAUAUCUCGUUGCAGCUGUUCUGGACCUGCCUUGAUUCUCUGUGACAAUUCUGUGAUUGUAUUGACAAUGCCACUACACUUGGAACAUCUUCAGAGAUCAUUCGUUGGUAUGCUGCAGCCACCUUACUUACUUGGCCCUGAACCUGCAGCUGACAGCAAGUCAACCCUGAUUCUGUGGAGAAGGUGCAGGUUUGCUACCACUUCUUCCUGUCAGGGCUACCAAGGAUAAUUUGAAGCUCAACCACCUGAGUUGCUCCCUUGUUUCAGGAUUCAAACCAUGUUCCUAAAUCUUUGAGGGUGUUUAAAAUAUCCAUAUAAUUCUCCAUGCUGCAAAGGAAGAUUGAACAAAUAGGCUGAUUGCUGUGUACAGUGUACCUUUACUGUUCUGUUUGCACUUCUAGCCUGAUGGGUCUCCGGGAAAAGGGCCAUAACUCAGGCGAUAUAUCAUAUACUUUGUAUGCAGGUUGCAAUCCCUAUCCUGGUUAGGAAAGAAUUCUCCCUGAAGCCCUGGUUAGCUGCUGGCAGUCAGUUGACAAUAGUGGACCAGGAACAGGUGGCUCUACAGGGACCUUUCUGACCAUGUUUCUAAAGCUUAUUUGGAGCAAAUGGGAUGAAGUGCUUCAGCUUAGGUGCUAUAUUUCAACUGAAAAAUGUAAUAAAAGUGGUGAUAAAUA